AUCCAAUGCGAUGCCGAGGUUCCGCAAUGCAACUGGUGCAGACACCAUGAUCUAGCCUGCACAUACAGUCGAUUAGUGGGCAAACCCAACAAGAAACGGAACAGGAAGAGGAACUCCCAGCCGGACUCCGUCACCCGCAUGGAGGCCAUCUUGACUCAACGGCUAUCCCAGCAUGACGAUGACGCUCAGACAGAAUACUUGGACUCCUUCCAUCCUCAUCUACGCAAUGUCACGUCCUUCACUGGCAUCCCACUCUUUUCCGAAAGGGGCCGGGCAUGGAUCGAAUCCCGUACCGGCAGUUGCAUGACACCGCGGACGCUGUGCUCGUUCGGCCGCCAGUGGCACAACCCGAGACGUCUGUAUCUGGAUUUGGACACAGCUAUGAACGACAAACGGCCUUGUGAGCUUCCUCCGAGGGCGACAGUCGAACGGCAUGCUGCCACGUAUUGCUCUUCGUUUGUCUGCCUCGUCUUCCCCGUCUUGAGCAAAUGUCUGUUUAGCAGGACUCUCUGUUCGGCUUACCAGUCACACAACUCUCAUUCUGCUGCUUCUUCUAGAGCUUGUGUGUAUUCAUUUCUUGCCUUGAUAUCCAUCUUGAGGUUUGAGGAUGGUUCCACUGCAACAAUGGCGUGCGAAUCAUAUGUGGCCGCUGCUACAUCGAUGAUACCCCAGGUUAUGCAAGACAUGACGGGGGAUGGGCUUCAAACGGUCGUCACAAUGGCCAUAGUCUAUUACUUCCUAGGAGAUCUUCAGUCCACUGGCCUCUUCAUCUCCAUCGCUACACGGCUCAUCUUCGCCCUCAAUGCUCACUCCAAUCCCGACUACACCACUACACCGAGAUGUCCUUCGUCAUCGACAUCCAGCCACGGAUCGCCGACUUCCUCGCAACUCUACGAUAAGAGCAACCUGGCUCAUCAUCUUCGCGACCUCUUUUGGACCUGCUACGCCAUUGACAAAGACCUAUGCAUCCGUACUGGACAGCCUUCUUGUCUCCUAGACCUGCACUGCGAUCUUACGCUGCCUCCUGACUACUCUGUGAUGCAGAGCCGUCACAUCCAGAGCCCUAUCAUUCCAGGUCUCGGCAACAACACUGUCCCCAUGUACCCCUGGGAUCUCCGUCUCUCUCAGCUUAAGUCCCGCGCAUACGACGCCCUCUAUUCGCCCAUGGCCCAUUGCAAGACGCAGUCCGAGCUGCUCGAGAGCAUCCGCACUCUCGACAAGUCCCUCGAGCAGUGGCGCUUGUCCAUUCCGCCGGAUAUCCGUCCGACACUCACGUUUGGUGAAACGACGCCCGUGAGCGCAGACGUGAGCAUGCAAUCGUCCAUGAUUCGGCUGGCCUACUACCACUUCGUCGCGAUAGUCCAUCGGGCUAGUGGAAGAUGCGAGACUCGGUCACCGGAAACGCACCACGAAGGCGUUCAAUCUAGCUUCAAUAUCUCUCUUGACGCUUGCAGGUCGACGGUCAGGUAUUUGCGUGUUGCCCUUCACGUCAUAACAGACGAUUGCUUCUGGAUCGUCAUCUUCUAUCCCAUCACCGCCAUCCUCGCCCUCUUCUCCAACAUGAUCUCUAAUCCUCUCGACGAGUCGACCGCCGGGGACCUCGAGAUCCUCAAAAGCGCCCCUACGCUGUUUAGGGAUAUCCCAAUACGAAAGCUAACAAUGGCGGAAUUGACACAUCUCAAGUUCCUAGAUGCUUUUUCACAGGAGCCUGCCAGACUGGGAGAGCUUGCCAUUCAGAAAGCAAGGGGUUGA